AUGGUCGCGGCGGCCGCCAUGGCCGCUGCGCCUGCAAAGGCCACGGCCAUUGGAAUCAAGCUCACCGCGGUGGAGGCUGUGGCGCAGGAGAACAUCCGAGGGGUGAAGUUUCAUUGGGCCGCGCGGUCCAACACUUCCUGCAGUGCGUCCAUGGGGAGCGUGCGCCCGGAGGACCUCUCGGGCGUGUCGCUCAUGUUGCGCUGCGACACCAUGGCGCAGCUCCCGGCGCCCGCGGCGCGGCAGGACCCCAGCGGUAAUGUGCACCUGGACAAUUUGCGCCUGGCAGGUGCCAGAUAUGGGGUCUUCAGCACCUUCGCCUGCAACAAGCUCGAGCUGGAGUGGCCUACGCUGAUGGCAUGCCCUCCUUGCCAUCCGCAAGACUUCGCCAUCCAGCGGACGCCUUGCCAAGAGGGCCAGUGGCGGACGGUGACCUUCAAGCUCAUGAGGCCCUGCCUCGGCGGCAUGCAGGCCCCCCCCGGGUACCAGGAGACCUGCGACGGAAAAGACGUGAAGAGCAUUGUCACGCACGCCGGCGAGACCGUCCGGCAAAAGUAUCCACUACGUGCGCUGACUUUUGCCUCAGUCACGGUCCUCCUGGGCUGCGUUUUGCUGUGCUACGCCACGUUCCUUCACAGGACGAAGUAUCGGCAUCUCUACAUGCAAGAUGGAGGCCUUUGA